GAUCAUCCAACCUUAAUUACAAAUUGUAUUUCUGCAUCCUCCUCCUCGCGUGUCCCAACUUCCUUGUCCGCUUUAUGUGGCCCACUGCCGAAUUGUCACCUUAAUUUCUAACUUGAAUUAUUAUGAUUUCUUUUGUGAAAUAAGUUGAAUGAUUCCUUAGAUAUUUUGGUGAUAAAUUAUAUGAAUUUAGUCAAUAAUUUUACAAUGGUUAACCACUGAACCCUAAACCAAUAACUAAAAUUUUCAGUUUAGCGUCCGACUUGUCGGGUUUAUGAAAACAAAGAGAAUCUCACUUAGACUUACCCCAAUGGAUCCUGCUUACUUGCUCAUGUAAUGAAUUGGUCGGGAGCUUGGCCAUAUCUCAUAUAAAUCGUACAAACUUUGACGGUGUGUCAAAUAUUCGACAUUCUUAAUAUCCUGUGUAUUUUCCUUACAUAUAUUGUUAUUUUUAUAAUAUGUUACUUAAUCAAUUACAAGACUUUUAACAUGAAAUCAUAUAAAAUCGCGUGUCUAUCCUAACUAGAGUGCUCCCAAAUGACCGGCUAGCUAGGAAGAUUACAAACACCUCUCUUAAUUCACAAACCUGUUAGCUCUAGAUACAACGAUCUCACGCCAAAACACAACACAAAAUAUAGCAAAAGAUGUACCCGUGCCAUUUGCCACUGAUAUAUCUUCACUCUUCUGUGUGUGUGUUUUUUCCUUCUUAUUUUGCAAAUUUUCUUUUCUGUGCCAAUUUUGGGGAGUUUUGGCCUUUGGGCACAAGAAAAAGAACCAAGUUUCACCCAUGUGAAACCCGAGACCAAGUGGCCAAGUUGGGCUAUGACCUGUAACAAGGAAGUUGGGCUAUUUUUCAGGUUUACUAAACAUUUUACACGUCGGCAAGUUUGGAUCCUAGUCAGCCGUGAGAAGGAAACAAGCUGGAAAUUUGACCUUUCUGAAACUUUAUGAUGAUGUAAACCCCCACCACUAAACCUUUGGAAACAACAGUCGACACUCCUUUGAAACCACGAAGAUCCGGAUCUUUUAGUGUGUUUGGUUUGUCCGCGUUAUACAUGUUUACUACAGGAAAGACAACGUUAAUUCGAUUGUCUAGCAUAUCAUAUGAUCUUUCAUCACAUUUGGAAACUCAUAUGGUAUUUUUUUUAUUUGAUUCUAAUGUGCGUUAUUAGAUUUUGCGUUAUCGAACUGGCGGAUCUAGUGAAUUGAUAAGAGCACACCCAUUUUUAAUAACAAUUAAAACUACAAAUUGUUUAUUUACUCUCUCGCCCGCCUUUUUAAAAAAGUGUUUACUUUUCACAAAAGUUGUUCAACCCUAGACAAACAGGCUAACAAUUAUACUUUAAUCCUUCUCCUCUAAUCCCCUUUUAGUUGUUUUUAUUAUGACAUGGCAGAGAAAAAUGAUAUCCUGACUCGAUUUUGAAUGAUGAAAAGUUUGUGAUAGUAGCAAAAUUCCCCAACUUUGCUUUCGUUUUCAUCCUCCAUUUUUUGUUCUUUUGUUGUUGGUGGCGGUUCUUAUUGAUGAAAGUUUUGGCUUUUGCGUUGGAAGUAAUAUAAUCAAAUUAAUUUGUGCAAUGAAUGGUUGCUUUAGCAGCAAGGCAUAAUGAAGAAAAUGGACAUAUCUUAGAAGAAGUCUGUUUGACGUAUCCCAGUGGAGGGCACGUGCGAAACCACCGUCCACCACCACCAGGCCGCGUCGUCGCCGUCGCACCGCCAUGGCUGAAAAAAAGACGCGGUGGCAUCGUUCGCACGUGUUUCGCCUCCUUGAUUGUUUCUCAGUGUUCAAGUCAGAUAAUUAAUACAGUAUUGGCAAUACUCAAAAGAAAACAAGAAAAUAGCACAGAGCUAGCUGAAGAAAGUGUUCUUUGGACAGUAGGUUGGAGGAGGCUUCUUUCUACACAAAAUCCAUGAAAAAUAGAGACUUUAUACGAUGCCUUGAUUAUCUACUAAACAAUCUAUAGCCAAAACCACUAAUCUUAGUCUAGUCUAAUCUGAUUGGAUUCAAGUGGAAGGAAGCAUGAUGUUCGAUUCCACUUCAGUAGUCCACUGAUCAUCUAUAUCUCCAACAAGAAAAGGGCACCUGGCUAGGAGUUGUGUUUACUUAUUUAUAUCACACUAAUUAACUUCAUUACUCGAGUUAGAUGUCGAUGAUGAUGAAUUGAUGAUCAAUGGAGUAGUGAAAAGAAUGGCUUAUCCGAUCCUGUCGCAACCCUUAAUUAAGAGAGUUGUCAUUUUCACAACUCUUCUCUAGUAGCGUACCACUUCAUGUGGUAGCGCUAUCAGAGAGCACAUGGAGUAGUGUACCACUUCAUGUGGCAGUGGUACCAGAGAGAUCAUGGAGUAGUGAAAAGAAUGGAUUGUCCGAUCAUGUCACAACCCUUAAUUAAGAGAGUUGUCAUUUUCACAACUCUUCUCUAGUAGCGUACCACUUCAUGUGGUAGAGCUAUCAGAGAGCACAUGGAGUAGUGUACCACUUCAUGUGGCAGUGGUACCAGAGAGAUCACGGAGUAAUGAAAAGAAUGGCUUGUCCGAUCCUGUCACAACCCUUAAUUAAGAGAGUUGUCAUUUUCACAACUCUUCUCUAGUAGCGUACCACUUCAUGUGGUAGCGCUAUCAGAGAGAUCAUGGAGUAGUGUACCACUUCAUGAUCAUAGAGUAGUGAAAAGAAUGGCUUAUCUGAUCCUGUCACGCCCCUUAAUUAAGAGAGUUGUCAUUUUCACAACUCUUCUCUAGUAGCGUACCACUUCAUGUGGUAGCGCUAUCAGAGAGUGGUUAUGAAAAUGACACCUUCUUAGGGGUUGUGACGGGAUGUCGUCCCUUUAAUUAUUAGUGAUUACUCAGUUAAAGUAGGUAAUUGGUUGAGUGAUUAUGGUGGUGGGGUUGAUUAGGUAGGUGGUUGAGACUUGAGAUGGCAGGUAGAUCAUGAGUCUGGGUAAACAAUUGAAAUGUGGUCAUGAAUCAUGCAACUCUACCAAAACCAAAUAAUUAAGCGAUGUUGUUUAGGUUAUAAAAAAUCUGGUUAAGUUUCCAUUAAAAAAAAUCUGGUUAAGUCAGUAAUCAUAAAUUUAGGCCCAUAAUUAAUUUUUUUUAAAAUACCUUAUCUCUUGAAAGGGCCGGGCCGGGCCCAACUCAUUAUGCAAACAAUAAUGAACUCAAUUCUAGUUUAUUGAAUAUGUCGGAUGUGCCAACAAGAGGUUCGGUUCGGUAGUACAAUCCUUGGUUUUUUAACUUGUAGUUCAGUUUGAAUCUUAGAAUGAACGCUCUUUUUCCCAGUAAACUCUCACAGUAGCAUGUAAAAAAAAAAAAAAAAAUCACUACGUCAAUCAUUUUUUGUUUUUUAUUCGGAUAGGUAAAAUACUGUAAUAACCGGGCAGCUCAAUUAGUAUGAUAUUGUCCGCUUUGGGCCAAGUCCGCACGGUUUUACUUUUUGGUGUCCUCUCCAAAAGGCCUCGUACUAAUGAGCUUGGUGGACACUAAUAUACAAGGGUUCCUUCCCUUGUAUUUCUAAUGUGGUACUUGGAUUGUCCCGUAACAAUCCUCCCCUCAAGCCAAGGACCACCUCCCCUCAAGCCAAGGACCACGAACUUCAUGUCCUCACCUUAGCGAUUAUCUUGAUCUGCCAGACACCUUAUAUCGAUGGGCUUCUCGGUACAAGGAUUUUCCCAGACGCGAAACUCUCUUUGAUCCGGCAAACAGACGUGAAUUUUCCACCAGACAAACGCGGACCUCCCUCGAUCCGCCAGAUGAGCCCAAACGUGGAUCUCUCGUGGAUCCACCAAACCAGAUGCAGAUCGCAAAUCCCGAGGUCACCGAAUGAGGAUCCACCAAACUGACGUCCACCGCCCCGCACCGAACCAGGCUCUGAUACCACUUGUAAUAACCGGGCAGCUCAAUU